ACGUCAUAUGUCAAUCAAAGUUUAUUCAGUGACUAGUAUGUAGAGAGAUAUACUUAAUGCAGGAAGGUUGCGCGAAAAUCAAUAGUACCUAUCCUAUUUGUGUAAAGAUGUUGGCUCAUGUUUUGUAACAAGCGUGAAAGUUAGCUAAAAUAAAUCUCACUCAGAGUCAUUACAGAGAUGUCUAGCAAUAAGCAAAUUUUAUCACUACUGUGUAACAAGCACCGUUUGUUGUACAAUUGCAAUCACCCAAUGGUUACCACCCACUGUAAUUAUAAGAAACAUAGUACAAAAGUUACUGCAAAUCCAAAGGUCGACUGGAAUCAGGCAGUCACAGAAGCUGAAAAAGUCGUAGGACACCCCACCUCCUUUUUAAAUCCACGCUGGUUACUCAAUGACGAGAUAGCUAAUGUUGCUGUACACUUGCAAAAACUUGUUGGCUCGAAUCAUCCUCUAAUAACAACUGCGAAAAGCCUUUUUAACAACGAGAAUAGCAACAUGCAGACCUGGGGACUAAUCGUUUUGCUGCUGUCAAAGGCUGCAAGCCAAACAGACCAAUUUAAUGCAGAGGAGGAUGCAAGGGCUGGUGUGUUACAUAGACAAAAGGAGUUGGCUGAGAUCACUGAAAUGAUUCGAAUCGGCCACCUGGUCCACAGAGGUUUGGUCAAUUUUUGCAAAAAAAAUCACAGAUUGGAACCCGCCGAACUAAACGAUAUGACCUUUGGUAACAAAAUUGCACUUCUCAGCGGUGACUACCUGCUCGGUACGAGUUGCAUGAAAUUGGCGUGCAUAAAAAACCAUUCUCUUCUGGAACUCAUGUCGUGCGCGUUAAAAGACCUAUCAGAAUCCGCUUUCAUUGGCAGGAGGGAUAGUCAAGAGAAUCCUCUGCCCGCGAUACCACCAGAGGACCGCACAAACUACGCCGUCAAUGAAUGGACACAUCAAAACUACCUUGGUUCUGGUAGUUUUUUAGCAAAGUCCUGCAAAGGCACGCUCAUUUUGGCUGGCCAUGAUGAGUUUAUGCAAGAGCAGGCUCAUGAGUUUGGAAAGCACUUGGCUCUCGCUUGGCAGGCCAAUCUUGAUCUUGUUCCAUUUAUUGCUCAAGACAGAAACACACCAUUUAAUUUGAAUUGUGCACCUGUCAUGUAUCACAUAGAAUACGAUCCAUCCAUCUUGAUGGAAAUCGACAAAGGCAUCGAAACGGUCGAAAACGUGAAUUUCGGGAACGUUUUUGACAUUGUAAUCAGAGGUCCUGGUGUCGAGCUUACGAAAGAAUUGCAGCAAAAACACUCCCAGAAAGCAAUUGAUAUUUUAACAAGCACCUUCAAAGAAAGUGAAGCCAGAACGGCUUUGACGAAUAUUAUUACCUCGAUUGGAUUCUAAAAUCAUGUAAAAUGUACAUAUGCGCAAAUAUUUACUUUUUUUAGUAACAAAGUUACCUAAAAGAAAAGAAAAAAAAAAAAAUUCUUUAAUCUGUGAUGUUGAUUGUUGACGGUUGAAGUGUUUUUAUUGUAAUUAUUUUUUAAAUGGAUGGGAGUAAUUACGUUUUACGUUUGUAUCCUUAGCAAAAAAAAACACUGUUAAGUUUGCUACUAAAAAAAACAAGCUGGUAUUACUAACUAAUGUAAUCGAGAAACUUGUAGUUUUGUAAUUUUUUAGUAUGACAAAUACAAGCCCAGCAUCGAAAGUUCA